AUGCCAUCAGCACAAUUGUACCCUCAGACUUCCACCAUCCGUUACGGAGGAUGGCUGCCUCACAGCAAGGAUGCAUACGAGAAAUUCUUCCGUCAUCUGAACAAUAAAGCUGCCACGCGUCGUAGGGCAAAGUCGUCUCAUAUUCAAGCGGUGGGCGAGUUCGAAGACGCCAUCAGAGCCGAUCCCGAGAUGCUCGGCCUCUUCGAGCAGACUUUUCUCCAGGCUGCGACACCUCAGAACCACGUCGAGGACUUUGAUUGUCUUCUCCACUUCCUCGACAUCAUUCUGGUCCAACCCCCCAGCUUCAUCGAGAACGAUAUCGGGGAGCCUAUCGGAGUCCCCAUCUACAUCGUAUUCGACCUGCUCAGCAACACCGCGGCGGCUUACCAGCUCUUCAGCAAGCCUGCAUUCAACGUCGCCAUGAAGAAGUUACUCGAUAGCUGGGGCGCAUUCCUUAGUUCCCCCGGUUCGAACACGACACUCACUGAUAAGGAAGGGGGCUGGUUCAGCGACGAGGGCAUAAAGACGUUGGAAGAUAAGGGCCGUGGUGAUUUCGACACGACCUAUAUUCAUCCCAAGCCGGACGAGGUCAACCGUGGGUACGAGUCCUGGAACGAGUUUUUUAUUCGCGAGAUCAAGGAUGAGGCCCGCCCCAUCGUCUCCGACGGGAAUCCUGCCAAUAUCAUCAGCGCCUGUGAAUCCGCAGUGCUUCGCCUCGACCGCAACGUCAAAGCCCACGAUCAGUUCUGGCUCAAGGCCCAGAAGUACUCUCUCUACGGCAUGCUCGACCGUGACGAAAGCACCACCCAGUACUUCACCGGCGGAACAGUCUACCAAGCCUUCCUCAGCCCCUACGACUACCAUCGCUGGCGCGCCCCCGUCUCCGGCACUGUCGUGAAGGCCGAUAUCAUCCCGGGCACCUAUUACGCCGUCUUGCCUGACGAAGGCGCAGAAGAGGGUGAUCCGGACUUUGAGCCAGGCGCCCCGUACGGCGCUCUCAUCCGCUCUCAAGCCUGGCUCACCCAGUCCGCGACUCGCGCUAUCAUCCUCAUCGACACCGGCAAUCCCAAAAUCGGUAUAGUCGGUUUCAUCGGUGUUGGGAUGGUUGAGGUUUCGACUUGUGUCUUGUCGGUGGAAGCGGGAAGGAAGGUACAACAGGGCGAAGAAAUUGGGAUGUUUCAGUUCGGUGGAUCUACGCACGUCCUGCUCUUCGGUCCCGACGUCAAGCUCACGUUCGUCGAAGAUGUCGAGAAGGACGGGACUAAGCGAGAUGGAACGUACAGCGCCGACGUUCCCAGGACAAAUCGACAAGUCUAUCACGGGGUGGUUGUAGAGGGAUCAGUGCUCGAUGAAUUCUCUAUGUGGAAAUACACGGUGACACAUACCUACAACCUUGAGAUUCGUGACGCCAUAAACGUUCAAACGCGCAUCUACUACACCACCUUCGCUUCGAGGCUUCAUGGCGCACGUCCCCAUCUGAACGACUCGUAUCAGCUUCCACCGAAACAUGUGUGA